AUUUGCAGUUGUGAAGCAAAAUGUCCGGGCGUAAAGAUUUUCUCAGCCAGCCUGCCCCAGAAAAUUAUGUUGCGGGUCUAGGUCGAGGUGCGACCGGUUUUACGACUCGCUCCGAUCUUGGUCCCGCAAGAGAAGGACCAACACCGGAGCAGAUCCAGGAAGCUCUUGCGAAGCGUGCUGCGCUUCUAGGGACAGCACCUCCUACAGCCUAUGGUGCUUCCGCGAGAGGCGAGAAGGGCGGUGCAAAGCAAAGGGAAGAAGAAGACGAUGACGAUGAACGAUUCCAAGAUCCUGAAAAUGAAGUUGGGCUCUUCGCGUACGGACAAUAUGAUCGAGAAGACGACGAGGCGGACCAGAUUUACCAGCAGGUAGAUGAGAGGAUGGAGAAGAGGCGAAAACUACGAAGGGAAGCUCGAGAACGUCAAGAACGAGAGGAAUACGAACAAAACAAUCCUAAAAUUCAACAGCAAUUUGCCGAUUUGAAGCGGUCGCUAGCCACGGUCACGGAUGAGGACUGGGCGAACAUUCCAGAAGUCGGAGACCUUACUGGCAAGAAUAGACGAGCUCGUCAAAAUUUACGGCAAAGAUUCUACGCUGUGCCAGAUAGCGUGAUUGCAAGCGCCAGAGACUCGGCGGAGUUCACGACCACGGUUGCCGAGGACGGUACACAAACGUCGAUUCGAAGUGGAGAAGGUGGUGAUGGGACAAUAACCAAUUUUGCAGACAUUGGCGCUGCCAGAGAUAAAGUGCUCCAGGCUAGAUUGGAUCGAGCUGCGCAAAGCUCUACGGGCGACGCUGCGUCUGGAAAUGCCACGAAUAUCGAUCCGAAAGGAUAUUUGACGAGCUUGUCAAAGUCCGAAUUAAAAGCCGGGGAAGUCGAGAUUGGAGAUAUUAAACGGGUAAGGGUACUUUUAGAGUCUGUUACCAAAACCAACCCCCGCCAUGCGCCUGGCUGGAUCGCCCUUGCGCGGCUGGAAGAAAUCGCCGGAAAGAUCGUGGCGGCGAGAAACUAUAUUGCAAAAGGAUGCGAAUUAUGCCCAAAAAGCGAAGACGUGUGGUUGGAGAAUAUUAGAAUGAAUGACAACCAUAAUGCAAAAAUCAUUGCGGCAAAUGCGAUCAAACACAAUGAUCGUUCAACCCGACUUUGGAUUGAGGCAAUGAAGCUUGAAUCAGAUCCCCGGGCGAAGAAGAACGUACUUCGACAGGCCAUUUUGCACAUUCCUCAAUCCGUUGCUAUUUGGAAAGAGGCAGUGAAUCUUGAGGAGGAUCCUGCUGAUGCUCGCCUGUUGCUUGCUAAAGCAACCGAGAUGAUACCCCUUUCGGUAGAGUUAUGGUUGGCUUUAGCCCGUCUUGAAACCCCUGAAAAUGCGCAGAAAGUGCUGAACGCAGCACGAAAAGCGGUUCCUACUAGUCAUGAAGUGUGGAUAGCGGCUGCACGGUUACAGGAGCAGAUGGGAACAGCAAAUAAGGUCAACGUUAUGAAGAGAGCUGUUCAGGCGCUUGCCCGAGAGUCUGCAAUGCCAAAGAGAGAAGAGUGGAUUGGAGAGGCUGAGAACUGUGAAGAAGAGGGAGCAGUCCUUACGUGUGGUGCAAUUAUCCGCGAGACUUUGGGUUGGGGUCUGGACGAGGAUGAUGACAGAAAGGACAUCUGGAUGGAAGAUGCAAAAUCAAGUAUUUCCAGGGGCAAAUAUGAAACAGCUCGGGCGAUUUAUGCUUACGCACUCAGAGUAUUCGUCAACAGGAAGUCCAUAUGGCUAGCUGCAGCAGACCUAGAACGUGCUCAUGGCACAAAAGAGAGUCUCUGGCAGCUACUUGAAAGCGCGGUUGAAGCUUGCCCCCAAAGUGAAGUUCUAUGGAUGCAACUUGCAAAGGAGAAAUGGCAGGCUGGAGAAAUUGACAAUGCUCGGCGAGUGCUUGCCAAGGCCUUUAACCAGAACCCCAACAACGAGGAUAUUUGGCUUGCAGCUGUGAAGCUAGAAGCGGAUGCUAAACAAACAGAUCAAGCCAGAGAGCUUCUUGCUACCGCACGUCGUGAAGCUGGAACUGACCGUGUUUGGAUUAAAAGCGUGGCGUUUGAGCGUCAAUUGGGAAAUUCAGACACUGCCCUUGAUCUCGUCAACCAAGGUUUGCAGCUGUACCCGAAAGCAGACAAACUUUGGAUGAUGAAGGGUCAGAUCUACGAAGUGGAAAAGAGGUACCCGCAGGCACGGGAAGCUUAUGGAACAGGUACAAGAGCGUGUCCGAAAUCAGUACCACUCUGGCUUCUUGCAUCGCGACUUGAAGAGAAACUCGGUGUUGUCGUGAAAGCACGAUCCAUCCUCGAUCGUGCUCGGCUCGCAGUACCGAAGAACGCUGAGCUAUGGACCGAAAGUGUCCGCGUCGAACGAAGAGCGAAUAACAUUAGCCAGGCUAAGGUACUCAUGGCGAAGGGCCUUCAAGAAGUUCCGACUUCUGGUCUUCUUUGGAGUGAAAGCAUUUGGCACUUAGAACCUCGUACUCACCGGAAGCCUCGAAGCCUCGAGGCAAUCAAGAAAGUUGAUAACGAUCCGAUUCUCUUUGUGACUGUUGCCCGUAUAUUUUGGGGCGAACGAAGACUAGAAAAAGCAAUGACUUGGUUUGAGAAGGCAAUUGUAGCGAAUAGUGACUUGGGAGAUGUUUGGGCCUGGUACUAUAAGUUCCUUUUGCAACAUGGUACAGACGAGAAACGUGAGGAUGUUGUAAGCAAGUGCACAGCAAGUGACCCAAAGCAUGGGGAAGUUUGGCAAUCUAUUGCAAAAGAUCCAUCCAAUGCGUAUAAAUCCACCGAAGAGAUUCUCAAACUCACCGCCGAGCGUUUGAAUUAGCAGCAAUUAACAGAUUCAGGGCUGGCUAUUUUCUUUUUCUCUUUCAGUGUUUUAUAGGGAUUCAGGUCCGCGGCGAUGGCGUUGAUAGGAAGAACGGCGCUUUUGGUUUA